AUGAAAGAUGAAGAACAAUUCAUGCAGGAUGAGGUUGAGGAAGGUUUGAAAGAAGACACAGAAGAAGAACCCAAGAUACUACCAGAGGAAGACUCCGAGGAAGAUACCCCCAAAAAAGUCCUUCUGCGCUCACUAUAUCUGACAAUGAAAGUGCCUACCAAUCACAACUUCUAUUUCUUUCGCACUUCCUACUGUUUCAGACGUGGAUGCUUUGGUAAGAAAUAUGCGUUUAAUUCAGUGCGAGAUAAAGUUGGGUUUAUGGACAUUGGCAUAAGCUCUUUUUGUAUGGAGCAAGACGAAUUCAAGGUUUCAAAAACACGGAAUUCUGAUUUUGUGCAUAAAUCCCAAAUUUCUCAAAAUUUGAACCGAGAAUCUUGAUAGUUUGCGCAUUCAGUUGAUCUACUAUUCCAUCCUACUGGUAAUGUUACUUCUGGGCCCAGUUGUUCGAAGGCCGAUUGGCGCUUAACCCGGGGUUAAAUUUAACCCUGGUUUCUUUUUCUUGUGCUCAAAAGCAUUUUCUCGGAGAAUUUUAUCUGUUAUUUUUAGAGCUUCCAAUCGUCAACUUGUAGACAAAAAGAAUUAAAACUGAAAUGCUUUUUAAACUUUCAAAUCUAAAUUCAAAUCUCGCACUAACCCUGGGUUAUCUUAACCCAGCUUUGAACAACUCGGCCCUGAUAACUGCCCUGCUUUAACCCGCGGUUACCCGGCAACUUUAUCAAUGCAAGUGUCUUGUGAAAUUUUUUUGACAGCUUCGAUAUCAUCACUUCCAUGACCAUAGUCUGAGAUCAGAAAAACUGCAGAAAUUCAGAACUGAUUUCAUUCUGAUGAAGAGUCACUACCCGGAUCUUGGUAAUGCUUCUGAUUGGUUGAAGCAAAUCUCGAACCCUCACGUCACGAUCAAUCAAAAGCACAACCCAGAUCUGAGCAGUGACACGUCAUCAGUACUAACGAAAAUCUGCGCUAGGUCCUGUCAGCUGUUUUCUCAGGCUCUCGGCCGUUAAUUAUGUAAUAAAAUGUUUGUAAUAUAAAAGUCUUUCACAUAUAGAGUAAUAUGGGGAAAGGGCUAUUGUAAUUUUUUUCAGUUUUUUUUACCAGUGAGAGCACUCUAUUUCCUAUGGUAGAAUUGAACAUAUACUGAAUUAAUGCAGAUUACACUUUCUUUGCUUUUAGUUCCAGGCCUGGGUAACAGGUUCCUUACAUGGCGAAUCGUGUACCAGUCAGGUUAUGUGGCGAUCAACAACUGGAUCUACUAUUUCUGGAAGUGCACCUUCCCGGGACACAUUUAUAAAUAUCGACCAACUCCAACCAGCAAGCCCUGAACUCCCUGACCAGGGUUUCGCUUUCAGCCGCUUUAGUGGAUAGAAUGUGCGCCAAACGGCUCUCAAUCCUGUAAAUUUUAAAACUCAGUGAAUAGGGUUGACCACAUUAUGCUGGUACAUCUUGUUUUGAGCAUUAUUGUGAAGCAAAAGAAUGAAGCAUUUUGUUGGAAUAAUAGUGUAACACUUGUUUGUUUUGCAAAAAUUUUUGCCAAUAACAUAGGAUUUAUGUAUGAGACACCAGCCCGUGUACCACGACAUUAAGACCACACCUGGUACAAAUAAACACAAACAUGGCUUCCAUCGAUUCCAGUUCUACAACAUUGUUAGCUGACCCUCAGAUGAGUGAGUGGUCUCGACAACAUUCGAAGGAGGAAAAAUGUCAAUUCGGAGCAUAGUAGUGUUGCUAUUUGAGCGGCAUAAUUGUAGUAACAUUUGUUGAGCGUAAAGAACUAGCAUAAUAGUAUGAAACAUUGAGCAUAAUUGUGGACAACCCUAUCAGUGAACCGAUUAAAAAUAAAACAUACAAGCGGCCAUUUUAUAAUGAAUUUAACGUUUCGUAGGUUAAGCGACGUACCUUUCCAAAAAUACAUGCGAUACAGUGUUUGAAAACUGUUUAUUUGUUUAAAAUAGCUAAAAGAAACGAACUGAACAGUAAUUUAAAACACGCACCGUCUGUGUUAAUCUGCUGUCACUGCUUUACUGCUGAAGCUAACAUUUACAAAAUGGCUGGCUGGCUAUGACGUUAUUGAGUUAAGCAAAGUCUCCUCAAUAUGGCCUAAUAAAAUGAGAUUAUUCGAGAAAAUAACAGCGAAACCCAGCUAGUACUUUUAGUACUAAAGAUAAAGUCCUUCUAUUGAAGAAGCAAUGCAAAUAGCAGUGUAAUUUUUUUGCCAUUGAAAAUAAAGAGAAGGUUUUUCUUUCAAAAUUUGUUUUAGAAUUAUUCUUUGUCUCUUAUUUAAUAAGAGAGUAGUUGUUUACAUCAUGAAAGCUCUUGGAUGUAAGAAAUCAAAUUUAUAGAACUGAGUACGCCUCAACUGAUUUGACUUCCUCUAGGCAUCAGAUUGGCAUUUGAGAUACUUCCAAUCGGUUUAAUCCGUAGUAAACACUACGCUUUUCCUCGCCGGGCAAAUUACCGAACUAGAUGUUAUCGUAAGUCUUUUCCAUUAGAAUUUCCAUUGGCUUUUAAUAAGCGAGGGAAACCUGAACCCUCCCGAAAGCAGAGCCAGACACUUAACAUGAACCUCGAGGGAGAGAGGUUAGACGAAAAUAUAUUAGUAGAAGUUGUAGGUAAAUGACAAUUAAACUUUUAUCAACUUAAUAAUCAAAAUAAGGCCCAAAGUAACUAAGUGCACAAGCAUGUUAGGAUGCCUGGUAGAAUGAUUCCCCUCAGUAGAAACCCCACCUCUUUUCUACCAUAUCUUCUUGACAAUUGAUUCAAAGUGUAAACAACAAAGAUCAGUAGUUCGUAUGAUUGCAAAAAGUAUAAGCAGCUUCUUAAAUUUUUUAAGUAAGAGAAAAGACCUCCUAUAUAAACCUUAAGAAAAACCAGCAGAGAGAAUCAAGCAGUAAUAAGGGAGGGUGGGAUGGGAUUUUGUUCCACGAAGAGAAGAAUAUGAAGUGCUAUUUUGCUGAGCUAGGCGCGAAAAUAUAGGCAUCAACUGUACAUGUGAUAGCUGGCAUCUAAUUGGCUGAGCGAAAGAAAUAGUGUGACAGGGGUCGCAUGCCGGAAGUGACCCCUGAAAGGAAGUGAGCUGGUUCCAUUACUGGUAAGGGUGGGUUUAUGGUUAUCACAUUAACUCUAAUUUAUCCUGUUGUAUAAAUUAUCUUCUAAAGAAACCGCUUUUUUAAUGAAUUGCCGCCAUUGUCCAGCAUUCAAACUUUCGUUUAAUCACUGCGCAUUGAAAGACUUUGUCCCUCCGCACUUUGUUGUUCAUCGAUUUCUUUGCAUCAUGAGUCCUCAAGUGAUAGAGACGAACUACUGAAAAGUGUGUAGCCCCUCUUGGAAACCUCUCUAUGUAACUAAAAUCUGAUUCGUUGGGAAGUACUCAAACCCACAAACCCGAGGGCACACAUAACAAAGAAAUUAGAAUUACGCCCAAUAAUGCUGAUUAAACAAAGAUUUUUUACGUUCUUUCAACAAGAAUAAUAUGAGCCCCUGGGCAUUUCCACCAAAUGCAAAUAUGGAUUGACCUUAUGCUGUACGACAUUUUCUGUUAGAAGGCACGCUAUUAUACAGCCCAAUGUACGCCUAUUAUAAGAGCUUUUCAGGUUUUUGAGCUUAAAAUCCAACUGGCACUACGUCAGCUAUACGCGAGUAUGCUGCAAAUUUCGACAAAUGAGUCCUCCCUAAGGGCCUGUUUACAUGGAGUGGGGGACCCCGGUCUAGUGGGGUAAGUUUCAUUUGUUUUCACGCUCUGGGGGACACAAAACAAAAGAAACUUACCCCACUAGACCGGGGUCCCCCACUCCAUGUAAACAGGGUCUAAGUUUGCAAAAAGAAAACAGACAAUUGAAUUUUGCAAUCAUAUUCCUCACGUUAAGUAGUAUUGCUUACUAUGCCCCCAAAUUGUGCACAGACCAUUGUUUUCAAAUGCUCCUGGGAUUACUACAUUUUCCCAAGAGCAUUUGAAGACGCAAAAAGAGUGUAUUAUGGAGAAUUCGAAAAUAGUCAAUACCUGGAAAUUCUUAUCAAUAGAAAUCACCUUGAGUUUCAGGGGUGAAUAUUAUACUACGUUUGUUUUAUUUCCCCAAGCAAGGUGGUAGAGUUAAAAUGCGGAUUGCUUAUAAGUCAAUAGUGCAAAGGAGAACUAAAGAAUUACGGCAAUGCUGCAUGGGUGGUGAGAUUGGCUCUUCUCUUGUAAACAUGAUCAAAGGCCUUUGAGUUAAAAUUAUUGUAAUGCAAAUUUUUUUGUUCGAGCUGACUACAAUUUUGUGCGUCACCUAGAACUGUGAUCAUUUUCCUUAUGUGCUGCUCAAGGUGCUGUUAACGGGAUUUACUUAACACGGUAGGCUUUUCAGUUAAUUUCUUUAUCUCGUUAAGUCUCUUAACUACUUACACCAACAAUUCUCGUUAUAUAACAUUUUUUUUGUUCUUUUAGCAAAGAGUAUUGCUUUUGAGUAUCCAAGUAAGAGACUCUUAACUAUUACGACAAAUUUUCUGUUGAAGGUUAUAACCGAAACUUUACUUGAUUUCAUUGGAAGUUAAGAAAAGAUGAAGUAAAGUGUUUGCUUGCUCCAGGUUGUUACUUUAGUCCUUGGAUUCUGUUGGGUUUUCACGAAAGCAGAAAGCGAGACGGCUACGAACACAGUAAAAGAUGAUAAAACAUUUCCUAUUAAGGACAAGCUUGACAGUGCCACCGUCACAGAACAUUGGUUUUCUGAUGUAAAGGAGGAACUUGACCCAAAUGAAACCGCAGAAGACGAUCCGAAGAAACUCGCCGCAAAGGAAGACCCCAAGGAAGAUAGACGAACCAUUCGACCACGGCCACCCUGGCUACCCCCGGCACCAAUACUUCUCCGUGUCGUGGUUACUAACCUCAGGGUCGCGCGAAACGUUUUUACAGUUAGCUACCGCUUCUGUUUCAGACGUCGCACUGAAGGUAAGCAAAUUCCCUCCGAAAGACACUAGGGACCGCUCAUUAUUUGUCGCCCGGGCGGGGCGGGGGUCGGAGGAUUUUUUUUCGAGGUUAAUUUGAUUAUAAAGAUUAUAGCUAUAGUGAUCUUUGAUAUUCGUAGUCAAAUGAAGAUACAUAAACAUGAAAUACAUUACCUUUUUGCAAAAAGUAUUCCUUUUACAUUUAAUUUUCUGCGAUUUUAUCACCGUAAUUUCGAACUGCCCCUGUGGAGUACAAGUGUUAGCAACCCGAAAGUUACAAACGACCCGGGAAUAGCGACCCUCCAAAAGUAGCAAUAGGAGAAGGCUGCUGAAUCCGAAAGUACUUGAAACGAGAUAUGUUACUUUCAGAACUUUAAGGUUUUGAUUUGCUGUGGUUGUGUUGUCUGAUUGAUCGCAGGCAUUCAACCUUCAGUAAUAUAAUGUCAUUUCCACUGUCCUCGUCGAUGUUGUCAGGGUAACCUCUCAAGUAAAUAGCCUCUUUAACCUUACGAGAGUAGCAAUGAGGGUCUCGGUCAACAAAAUUUUAUCGCCAUUAUUGGCGUGUUCAGAAACGGUUGAGGUUUUUAGUUUAAAUUAUCUUAGCUUCCCCCAUCUGUUCUAAAACGGAAUUUGUUAACACGCCCUUCCCGCUCAAUUUAUCCCUAGUCGUAAAGAAUGGGUUGUCAAAUGCCGGUACUGAAAUAUAAUAUUGGAAAACUUACUAGAUAACUACAAUGGAUGUCGGCGUAUGGCAAUGGGACAAAGAACAGUACAUUGUAAUUGAAAACAAUGGUUCCCAGUAUAUAAUAAUAUACCCUAAAGAACACAGCCAAUAACAAAGCAAAUCUAGAAUCAACUAGUUGCAUCUUGCGGUAUGCAAAGCGGUGUUCAUGAAAAAAAAGUCAUCUCUUCAUUCGUCUCCAUAUUUUCCCGCCGAAACCAUAGCACUAAUGGCGACAAGCAAAACUUCUCGAUCCUUCUCAUUCGUACAAAAUGUAUCGGGAUGGACUUUAUAAACAAGAAUAAAGAACCAGAAGUUUUUUAAUUUCAUUUGGAUCUCUUAGAGGACAUGUGGGAAAUAUAAUACGAAAUCAAACAGUUAGCCAAAAUGUUAAUUAAGAAGUUAGUAAGGAGGUUUCAAAACUCAGGGUGGAGAAGCAGAUCAUUUAUUUUGUAGGUUACAAUUUUAAAGCUAAGCCAGACGGUCGGUUACUCUCUUGAAACUUUCUUAUCUUCUAACUCUGAAUCGCUAAAGCGGCGUUGAAUCUACUUAAAAUGAAAACAGAAACCAUUGAUCGAAACAUUUAAGAAGCCUUACUAAAAUCCCGCAAAAUACAUUCGACAGCUCGGCGUUUGCCAUUUUUCCGUGGGAGCCAUUAAAGCAGAAAGAAGUGAAUUCUUUGGAUUUUUUUUUUUUAUUGACGAGCUGUCGAUCAUUUGAAUAUUCUUUGUUAUAGAUUAGAUUUAGCAUUAAAAAUGACUUUCUUUGAGAUUAACUGCAACACGAUACAAACCGCACUUACGCAAAACCUCAAACUCCUCAAAAUGGCCAAAUGUCUUUUUGUUUGUUUUCAGUCCCAGGUCUACGUCAACAGUUUCUUGGAUGGAAACUUCCAUAUCAGUCAGGAUAUGUGGUGAUCAAGAAUUGGAUUUAUUAUUUCUAUAGGUGCAAACCAAAAUCGCAACCAGCGACCGCGACGGCCAAAACAACUGCUCCACCAAACACCUUCUCUACUUAGUUCCCGAGGACUCACUGUUAACUCGUCCUCAAGUUUGGACGUCUCUUUAUGAUCUACAAACAAACCUUUAGCUAAAAAUUGCUUUUAGUAAACACUGGCUCUUAAAACAAACUUCAACAGGAAUGCCUUUCUGCCCUAAACGGGGUAUAAUUUACUGUGUGUCUGUCCUAAACAGGGUAUAUAAAUUCGUGUGAUACUGUCAACAGGGUAUUGCCUGCACGAUUAAUUUGAUUUACUGGAUGAAUUUUGUUUGAACUCCAAGUAUAGUGACGUGAAUUUGCUCUGACGUGCAUUUUGUCCUUGUCCCAAACGGCGUAAUUAAAAAUCUAGGAUUUUGUCUUAAACAGGGUGUGUAUGUUAGGAAUUUUUCGUCCUAAACAGAGUCAGGGUUUCAAACUGUCAGUGGCUCACCUAUGCCCUAAAAUUGGUCGAGUACCACCCCGUGGGCAUGAGUUUAAGCAUACCAGAAUUUAAGAUAUUCAAACGAUGGGAGGCUUAAAGACAUUUGCAAUGUACAUUACAUAAUAUGGACCAAAUGUCACACAGCCGGCUUGACUAGGGUUCUCGCGCCAUUUUUUAAACCAAUAAGAUGACAGCCAAAACAACUCAUGACUAGCUUUGUGGUCAAGCAUUUGACUUUUGAGGGGGGUAUGGGUGACUUCAGAAAAGAAUAUCCUGGAGACCAGGAGCCUAUCAAAUUUGAUGGGCUCCUGUGGAGACUGAUUUCGAGGGAAAAAAUCUCUUACCUUGCUCACAAAAAAAUUCCUACUCUGAAAAAUAAUUUCUUUCAUGACGUAUAAUGCUGGAAAAAAAAUCUUACACCCUUGUAUUUCCGGAAAAAAUUCUUUCAUCAGAGGUUUUGGGACUCAUAACCCCUCCCCCCUACUCCCCCUUAAAAGUCAAAUGGUUGGCUCCUUAACUGAUUAUUCCGCGCUAUAAGUCAGCUACAUGUAUUUUCCGAUCUGAUUGGUUCAUUCGGUUUAAAAGACGUUCUUUUAUUGCUCAGAUGUUGCACUUACGUUGGUUUUGGAUUGACAGUCCUGACUCAAUUGAAAACCCCUAGUCAGUGGGCUGUAACUUGGUCAAAAAACGGUUGACGCUACUGAAGACAUACUAUUUAGUGCGCAAUUUGGAAACACAAGAGUCACUUCUCCACCUAGCAGGUAAUACAUUUCCACCGAUAUCACAGAAGACAUUAGACAACACAAAUUUUCAACCAGCUAGAACGUCGUCUCUGUGGUUCCAAAAUGUUUCCAAAUACCAUUAAAUGAAUUAUGUAGACAUGAUAUAAACAGGAGUGUAGGCUUGUAGAGCUCUUCAAGCAAUCGAAGCGAAUUUUAAAAUGGCCUUAAAGAAUUGCAAAGAAUUUAUAGGAAGCCUAUUUUGCCACACCAUCCGUUUCUACUCCAUUAAAAUUACUUUACUAAAGUAAUUUUAAUGGAAGAAAAUGUUAGGUUUAUACUCGGCCGAGCGGCUGAUAGCAACAAAACAGUACGCGGAUGUACCUUUCGUGACAUUUUCGUGACAUUUUCGUGACAAUUUUGUUUUAAAACCAAGCCUGGUAGGCUAAUCGAGGAUUUUUGAAUGCCUGGAACCUAGGUUAUAUCCCGUGAAGCAUCUCUGGAGUUUUAGCAACAAAUAAAAUGGCGAUUCGGUGAGGUUUGGAGUUGUGAAGCUUUGUCCGACCGAAAUGAGUCAUUCGCAACUAUGGCGUCCAUUACUGGACUACAGAUGGAAAACUGAGGGAAAUAACGCGCCUUUUGGAAGUAUUUUCCAGUGCAAAAAUCGUCCUUUUAACGACUGUUUUGGAAACAUCUUCCAUCGCAGAAGUAAUAUUGAGUCGUGCAAAUUUACUUCAGUGAAGGGUUUAUCCUCUAAUCGACGAGUAUUUCGCAUGACUUCGGCAAGAUUUUAAGACAAUGUAUGGAGAAAUGGAGCGUACAACGAGAGAUAAAAGUGGCCACUUCGGGAAGUAAGUAAACCUACUUCUAAUUAGCUAUUUUUAACCCAGAUGCGAAGGUUACACAGCACUUAACAUGUUUCGAGUCGUGCACCGAACACCCGUGAGCUCAUAAUCGAUAUAUUUGAAAAAGUUUCCUUAUCUCCAUACAUUUUCUUAUGCGAAUUCGCAGCCAUUGUGGCCUUAGUGCGCACGCGCAACCGCCAUCUUGUCCCUAAUUUCUGGCAAUGGCUGGAUUUGAAGUAACCUGCGAUCAGUUGGUCCUUCUUUCCUUGCAGGUUAGCUGGAAAGUGGGUAUAUUUUGUAAAUUAGUUCGGUGAAAUUAUGCUCAUGCUAUUUUGAGGACUGAUAAACAUUUUCUGGCAUUAAAACUCUCCUAGCUGAAUCGUCUACUUUCGAAUAAAUAACGAAAUCCUAAACGAGUUUCCGCGCGCCAAACUAAGAACCACAAAAGUCAAAAUAUUAUAGCCGCAAGCUACAUUUUCUUUGUUUGAGACUCAAUUUAUAGCGGAGCCCCAUACUCAUAGAAAAUGGUCAACCUCUUUUCGUUUGGUUGUCACGUGAUUGACCGAGCGUACGUACGUACGCGUCUACAGAUUGUAAGGGUGGGGUAGGGGAGACUAUCAAAAGGGAGGGAGUGGUGUCUCAGGCGUGUCUUGGCAGGUCCACGUCUCGUAUAUUGGACAGUCACAAAAUGGUCAAUUGACAGCUCUCAAAACAGGAUAGCCACUUACCAGUGGCGCCGGGCCUCCUAGGCUUUAAGCUUGAAGACUCAUGAUUAGGGAAACUUUAAUACUAAAUUGUGUGCGUGAAUGAAAAUUGUUGUCUCUGUAUAUGUUUCGCCGAAUUAUCUUUCAUUUAGUGAUUGUUAGUGGUCUCUCUUGUAAUUUUAAUCACUGAGCCGUUUGUUUUCAGUCGUUCAGUGAAAAUCGCUUGCAGGAGGUACUCAAAAUGUUGCGCGUAUCAAACGCUUUUAAAGAUUACACAUCGAUAAGACAAUUAAAUAAAAAUUCUUUAUUAUGUUGAAGCGUAACUCUGUUAAUGUUCAUUCAAACACAAAUACAGCUCGCUCUGCAAAAGUGAGAACUGGCUGGCCAUAUACACUAGGUGAUUUUGGAAAUUUUUUUAACUGUUUAGCUAAAAGCCCACGCGUGCUUCGAUCGAUCGUCCUGAAUAUUAAAUGGGUGCACUUUGCAUUGCAAAAUUGUGAAAUACUGCAUUCUGUCCGAGAUCUGAAUGAUAGAAACAGUGCCUCAUAGUACUGUUUUACCUCAGAUGUGAUGUUUAAAUUGUAUAAAAGGUUGGUUUACACGCACCCAGAUUUGUUGGCAAGAUUUUGUAAAGUAAACUUGUCGAACGCAAAAAAUUCGGCCUGAUUUUUUUUCCAGGCCUAAUUAAUCGACGGUGAUCAAGAGCCAUUAUGCCUCUUAAAUGUGAUCGAAGAUGAUUGCUGUUUUGGGGUGUACAUAUGAGGCUAUCUUGGGCUGUUUGCAAAUUAUUUUCCUCUAAAAUCACUCAGCCUUUCCGUCAAAAGUCACAUGAAUGUGCCCUAAAGUUAACUGAAUUGUGGAAUACAAGUUUAUUGUUUGAUUUAAAUUAUAAAUUUAUUAAUGGGAGCCUCGCUUUUAGCCCUGGCUAAAUCUAUAUAUUAGAUUGAUUGCUUGAUUAAGCCGAAAACCGACUGAUUAAACCGAUAACCAAACCAAACACAAGGUACUUAUGUUUUACUCCAAGAAUUAAGGCUUUAAAAGGUAGAAUAAUUCUCAUAUCCUCUGUAGAACUAUGAUUUUUAAAAAAUUAUUUUGUCUAAUUUUUCUUUCUUUUUAGUACCAGGCCUGCGUCAAGGGUUCCUUUCAUGGCGAGUUGUGUACCAAUCGGGAUACAUGGUGAUCAACAAUUGGCUUUACUUUUUCUGGAACUGCAGUCCAAGA